AUGAGUAGCGGGCUUGAUUUUAAGGAACCAGCGCUCGAAGAUACUCAGGUUUUGGGACGAUCUCACAGCAGUAAUGCAGACACUACGAUGAGUGAGACACAUGAGAUAAAGAACUAUGAUGCAAGGAGCGGCACCGAAUCCGAUCUUCCUAAGGAGCUCACUCAGGUUAAGGUAGAAGAGGUAACGCUUACUGAGACGCCGGAAGGCGUUGAUGAUAUAUGGGAAGGAGAUCCCUCUGAAAUGCCAGAUUCACCUUAUCCAGAGGUAAGAGCAGUUUUAUCACCCACAGAUGAUCCAAGUAUCGUCCUGAACCACUGGAGAACAUGGUUUCUUGUGACUGUGUUUGUUGUUGUCUUCGCUGGUGUUAACCAGUUCUUUUCUCUUAGGUAUCCUUCCCUUACGAUCGACUUUCUUGUAGCACAGGUCAUUUGCUAUCCGUUAGGAAAGACAUUGGCAUGUCUUCCUGAUUGGAAGUGUAAGCUCGUUCCGUUUUUCAAUCUGAAUCCAGGACCCUUUACGAAAAAGGAGCAUGCAGUGGUUACAAUUGCGGUGGCAUUGACUUCAUCUACGGCUUAUGCCAUGUAUAUCCUGAAUGCGCAGGUGAGCUUCUACAAUAUGUCUGUAAACAGCGGUUACCAGUUGCUGUUGGUGUGGUCAUCACAAAUGCUGGGAUACGGUGCCGCUGGACUGACCAGAAGAUGGGUGGUGAAUCCGGCCUCGUGCAUAUGGCCCCAGACUCUAAUUUCUGUGUCGCUGUUCGACUCAUUACACUCCAGAACCAUAGAAAAAAGUUCGGUUAACGGAUGGAAGGUACCUCGCUAUAAAUUCUUUCUUUUCGUCUUAAUUGGAAGUUUCGUGUGGUAUUGGGUCCCGGGUUUCUUGUUUACCGGUCUCUCUUAUUUCAACAUCGUUCUUUGGGGCCCCAAAACGAGACACAACUUCGUGCUUAAUACUAUCUUUGGGGUCUCUAGUGGAAUCGGGGCUCUACCAAUUUCAUUCGACUAUACGCAAAUAUCCCAAGCCAUGACAGGAUCAGUCUUUGCUACUCCAUUUUGGGUUUCUGCCAACACUUAUGCAUCAGUCCUCAUUUUCUUCGUCUUUUUAUUGCCAAUCCUUUAUUUCACGAAUACUUGGUACGCAAAGUAUAUGCCUGUUAUUUCCACUUCUACUUUUGAUAACACACAGAAAAAAUACAAUGUGACCAGGAUUUUGAAUCCAGAUUUUACCGUUAAUUUGGAAAAAUAUAAGAGUUAUUCACCACUCUUUGUUCCAUUUUCCUACCUUCUUUCCUAUGCGUUGAACUUUGCCGCAGUUAUAGCGGUGUUCGUCCAUUGCGGUCUCUAUCAUGGUAAAGACAUAUAUGGGAAAUUAAAGGACGCCAACUUCGGGGGCAGCGAUAUUCACAGAAGACUAUACCAACAGAAUUAUAAGGACUGUCCGGAUUGGUGGUAUCUCGUCCUGCAGGUUAUUAUGCUAGGUUUGGGAUUUGCCGCAGUAUGUGGGUUUGACACGCACUUUCCAGCAUGGGCCUUUGUUGUUGCCCUACUCAUAGCCUUUGCUAAUUUCAUCCCCCAGGGAAUCUUAGAGGCUAUUACCAACCAGCACGUAGGGCUCAAUGUGAUUACUGAGUUAGUCUGCGGUUAUAUGUUGCCCUUUCGCCCCAUGGCAAAUCUUUUGUUCAAACUGUACGGUUUCAUAGUGAUGCGCCAAGGGCUCUCACUCAGCAGGGAUUUAAAACUUGCCCUCUACAUGAAAAUUCCACCACGUCUAAUCUUUUGCAUUCAAAUAUAUGCCACUAUCGUAUCAGGUUUGGUCAACGUAGGUGUUCAGGAAUGGAUGAGGCACAACAUCAAGGAUUUCUGUUCACCAGACCAAAGCAAUGGAUUCAUCUGUGCAAACGGACGGACGGUGUUCAACGCAUCAAUCAUUUGGUCUAUGCCAAAGUACCUCUUCAGUUCUGGCAGAAUAUACAACCCCUUGAUGUGGUUUUUUCUAAUAGGGCUCGGGCUGCCGCUCGCUAUCUUUGGUCUCCAAUUGCUGUUGCCUAAGGUCAACUUCUUAAAGUACAUCCAUACUCCCAUUUUCUUCGCUGGACCCGGUAACAUCCCACCAAGUACUCCUUACAAUUAUUCACUUUUCUUCGCAAUGUCCUUCUGGUUAUAUAUCAUCCGGAGAAGAUGGCCGCUAUGGUUUAAGAAGUAUAAUUUUGUGAUGGGAGCUGGGGUAGAGGCAGGUGUUGCAAUUUCUGUCUUAGUCAUAUUUCUGUGUGUUCAAUACCCUGGCGGGACCUUAAAGUGGUGGGGGAACGACGUUUGGAAAAACACCUACGAUUACCAGUCGAAAAAGUACUAUACCGUGAAGGCAGGAGAUAAGUUCGGCUAUGAUAAGUGGUGGUAA